AUGGAGGAGUCGCGUCAGCUCGCCCAAAGACUGAAAUGCUUACCGCUCGAAUUGCGGCGGUUUAUCUACGAGAUGUACUGGGCGGUCAAUCUCGGAUGGUUACCUUGGAUCCAUAAUCAAAGAGGAAACGAAACUGUGAAGGAACCUGGCCGACUGCACCUUGUUGCCCCCACCUUUUUUGGAAAUGAAAUCGCUUGUGAGGCUCUGCAGACUGCCUAUGAAACGACUGAAUGUACUUUUUUAAAGGAGAGCAUACCCGUGGACGAACUUUGUACCUUCCUACGCUCUAAAAUGCUUCCCCUUCGUUUGGUACUGAAAACCUUUCUACAAAGAGUUAAGAUCCACCUAUUCCUUAAGGAGCUAUUACAAAUAGGUGACCUGUUGGCCUUCUUACUCGAAAAAACAACCCCUUUGUCUGUAUCUCUCCUCCUAGAUACCAAGAUUAUAGUUCCAUGUCUUGUUUGUUUUCUUCAAAACGACUUUAUUUGCUCUAUUCUGGGAAAACUUUCAAAGAAAGAGACAUGGCUGAUGUUAUUGAAUAACUGCAAUAAACUUCACGACUACGAUAAAUUUCUCAAAUAUGAGGGACUGGGGGCAAAACCGCGAACCGAUGACGUAAUCACAUUAGGGACUGACUAUUGGGAAUGGAUGAAUGGUACUUUUGCUUACUCAGGUCUGGAUGAGUCAAAAGCGUAA